UCCAUCUCCGCCUAUAAAUAAGAGACCCUCCGUCCUCCGAGUACUCCCACUCCAGCCAGCACCAGCAGCUAACGCCGAGUACUCCGUCUACUCUCACCACCCAGCUGAAGCGAUGGCCUCCAGCGGCGGCGCCGUGGCGGCGAUGUUGAAGAGCAAGAUGCUCGUCGCCUGCGUGAUGCUCCUCGUGGUCCUGCUGAUGGCCACGCGGACGGCGGCGGCGGCGGCGGGCGACGACGGCGCGCGACGCCGUCGCCUGCUCGAUGCGUGCCAGUACAGAAACUGCAACUGCCGCACCUGCUACAUUUUCCACUGGGCCUGUUGCGGCCUGUGCUGCCCGCCGGCGUAGGGGACGGCGGCACCCACGGGCCGCUGCAAUUUCUCACAUGCAGAGGUUUGAAUAAUGCAUAUGUACUAGGUGGUUACAUUUACAUGUGGCUGCUGUUGUCUGUCCCAAACUCCCAAUGCUAGUCGUGGUCGUCGUCGUUGUCAUCGUCAGUGGUUCUGAUGACGCGCGCUCUGUGAUGUGAGCUGCGCAUGCACGCUUAAGUGAAUGGAAAUGCUACUUCAUCUA